AUGGCUCCUUCACCAUACGAGUUAUCUCUGGUUCUGAACCCUCUUGUGCCGGAGUCAUUGACACAUAACACCAGGACCCUCUCCAACAUCCGCUCCAUCUCCGGUCUCCUUCUCGGCAUCGCCGCCGGCAUCCUCGGUCUCGAGUCCCUCUGGGGCUUCGGCUUCUAUCUACUUUCCAACACAAUCAUCUCGGCCCUCUUUUACUUCCUCCUUGCUGGCGCCAACCCACAAAAAUAUUUCGCCGGAUCGACAGGGUCGAGGGGUCUGUAUGAGAACGACAGCAAAAAAGGCGGUCGGAACCCCGGCACCGGGGCGUGGAGGGAGAUUUGGUUCGGUGGCGGCUUGUUCACGGAUGCGUUGAGUGGGUUUGUGUUGGGCUGGGCUGGUGUGGGAGGUGUUAUUCGAUGA